CGUGGAAGAUUAAAUGCGGCGUUUUUCCGAGUCUAUAAUCAGGAAUAAAGCGGUGAGAAGAUCAUCAUGUCCAUGUCCACAUUUCAGAAGGUGACCGUGGUGUCGUGUGUGUGUGUGUGUGUCGCUCUGCUGCUCCCCAAACUGCUGCUAUCCGGAGGAGGAAGAGGAGGAGGAGGAGGAGGAGGAAGGAGAGAUCCGGCCGGUGCUGAGGGAGGUCGUUUUCCUCCUAUGCUACAAAGGAGGUCAGUGUCAGUGCCCCCUCGAGGUGCAGGAGGGAACAGCGCUCACCCCCCCGAGGCGAUCGCCAGGGCCAAAGGCUCCACAGGAACGAUGACCAAAUCAAACCUGGCAGGACAAAUAAUCCCCGUAUACGGCUUCGGAAUCCUGCUCUACAUCCUCUACAUCAUCUUCAAGAUAACAUCCAAAGGGAAGGCGAGUAAAUGUGAGGAGAGCAGGUUUCCUGCAGUCAGAUCAGAGAACAUGAAGAGAAAAAUCACGGAUUUUGAGCUGUCACAGCUGCAGGAGCGCCUGAAGGAGACGGAGGAGGUGAUGGAGAGAAUUGUAUCAAGAGCUCAGAGGAAGGCGAGUAAAUGUGAGGAGAGCAGGUUUCCUGCAGUCAGAUCAGAGAACAUGAAGAGAAAAAUCACGGAUUUUGAGCUGUCACAGCUGCAGGAGCGUCUGAAGGAGACGGAGGAGGUGAUGGAGAGAAUUGUAUCAAGAGCUCAGAGCGGAAAUACACUGAGAGAGGAGUGUGUGAGUGUGGAUCAGGAGGAGAACUUGCUGCUCCAGCUCAGAGAGAUCACUCGUGUGAUGCAGGAGGGACGUUUAGUGGACGUGAUUCCCUCUGAGACGGAGACACCGGAGUGUGAUCAGGAGUUUACAGAUGAUCCUGACGAGAUGCUGAAGCACUGGAGUUCUCACUUCUGCACCAUCCACCAUCAACCAGAGGAGGGAGGACAGCAGUCAGAUAGAAAGACUGAGAAGGAGACGGAGAGAACAGACAGACAGAUGGAUGAGAAGAAGAUGGAGCGAGCAGAAAGUGGAAGUAAUGAAGAGGAGAUUUGUACAGGAACAAAGCAGUCAGAGCACCAGUGCUGGAACACGUCAGUGUCAGGAAGCCAAGUGAGCAGACGCAGGGGUGGGAGAGGAACCACCCGAGGAACCGAAUCCUUUCACUGAUGGCUCCUGAAACGUUUCUAUUAUUUCUGCAUGCUGCUUCACUUUCAGCACGUCUUGAAGUCACAUGUCCGAUU